CAGGAAAGGGAAGAGAUGACCAUUUCCUGCUGCAGCAAGAAAAUAAAACAAACAGGAAACAAGGAGCAGAGCUCACAGGGAGCAGAACCAGGAGAGGAGGCUUUGGACCGACGGAGCUGCAGAACCAGGAGAACCCAGUGGAAGAAGCUGAAGGAUCUUGAGGAACUCAGCAGGAUCUGGUGUUCUGGGCCGAUUGAGGAAGGAACCGGGUUUGGAUCCUGUAGGAACAUCAAGGGGAACCAGAGAGGAACCAGAACCAGAGAUGUCCUCCACCUGACUGGAUUUCUCUUAGUGAAAAGGUGUUCCCACCCCAGUCCCCCCACCCCUGGUUCCAUCAUGCCUAUCUUCAAGAACCUCCCUGUGCGCCUGAAAGGUGGUGGUCCAGUUCUAGACAACGCCUUGUUCUUCCGCAGGAUGAGUCUCAACAUCACUCCCCACCACAACCCCUUUGAACACGAUGAUGACAAUAUCCAUGGCAACGGCAGCCAUGAAAGCCACUGGUCACCAGGAAGCUCGCUGUUGGACGGCGACAUGCCGAGGGACCGCAACCCAUUUGAGGACGAGGAGGACGAGAACGAGGCCAACGAAGGCAAGAAAGGAAACGGCAGCGGAGGGUCAGUGAAGGGUUCGUUCAAGUUUAAGUCGCCGCUGAAGAGUCUCGGAAAACUCGGGAAGAACCUGAGGAUGUCGGGAAAGAGCAAAGAUGGCGACACGCCGUCCCCACAGGGGUCGCUGCAGGGAACGCCGUCGCCUUCACAGAAGAAGAAGAGAGGCAGGAGGAGCUCAGAGGGCAGUCUGCUCAGAUUUGCAGGAAAAUACCGCGACUCCCUGAGCUCCCGCAAGGAAUCCUUCACCAACGGCGAGCUGAACUGCUCGGAGAGCGACUGCGACUCCAUCAGCCGGCGCCUGACCUUCAUGAAGAUGGUGGGCCUGGGGAAGCUGAAGAGGGAGUCCAUCACCGACCGAAUGUCCCAGGGCCCCGAGGACCAGCCGGUGCAGGAGGAGGAGGUGGUGGAGGAGGUCAAACCCAGAGAGCCUCUGUCAGGUAGGAGGGCCACGAGGAGGCGACCAAACGCCCCCUAGAGGCCAAUUGGCUUUGGUCCAUUUAGUCCUAGUGACCUUUCUCCUGAAAAACAUGUUGGCGUUAGCUCUGAAUAUCUAGCUAGCUUAGAGUUAAAUAUAGCUUAGCGCUAAAUAUAGCUUAGAGUUAAAUAUAGCUUAGCGCUAAAUAUAGCUUAGCCCUCUAUGGCAUGACUUUUUAUUUUUGUGGGGAAGAAAUAUUUUCCUGCAUUCU